AUGAAUAAACACCUUGACGAGCUGCUUUCGGAACCGUUGUUUCCAGAAACUCCUGAUAGCAGUAACAAAGACGACUCUCUAUCAACCAACAUAUGGCGCAUGUACACAAAAGCAAAAGAUUCGUUGCCACAUGCCGAUCGCAUGGAAAACCUUAUGUGGCGUAUGAUGACCAUGACCUUAAAAGCCAACCAUGAUGCACUUGUUGCAGCAACAAAACAAAAGGCAACGCAACAGCAGCAGCACAAGGAUGAUGCCAUGCAUGUUGACCAAGACGAUGUAUUACAACAGCAGCAAUUACCAACAACGACAGCAACGACAGCCAUGGAUGUGCCACAGUUGUACAAUUCACCCCCAAAAGCUGAUAACACCGUAGCUUUGUUAUCAUCGUCAGCUCCACCUUAUAUCAUGGAUCUUUUACGGGAUAGUCUAGAGCCAUUGGAUGAGCCAACGUGGAACGUCAUGGUUUCAGGAAGUUCACGUGCGUCAUCAUCUACAACAACCACUGACGAGGAUAAGCGACGUGAUGAUCAUGCUGAGCCUCGUUGUUCUCAAGCAAUGGUGAUCCCGCAUACAAUGGAAAAUGACUUGGCAGUGACCGAAACAUAUUUAAACCAGGAACUAAGUCAAUCAACAAUGCUCUCAUCGAAGUCGGCUCAUCAUCAUACAUCUUUACCAGCACAAUAUCACCCCACCCUCACAGCUGCUAUUAAUCAACAGCAUAUACCUAAUUUUACGUCAUCCACCAUAACGCAUCCUCACAUUGACAUACAUGCCAUUCCAAAAACUUCUUCUUUUUCGAGUAUGACCAUCCCACAUCCUGAAACAACGGCUGAGAUUCCCCACACAACAACGGCAGUCGGCAUAAAUCCGAGCGGGAGCGGCAUGAGCUUGGGUGAUCUUGUGUCUUUUUGUGACCCAGACCAACAACAAUCCUGGGAACCACCUUUGGAUGCUUUGGGGUUACUUAGUUUGCAAAGCAUAGAUGUUGAUAAUACAUCAACAGUAUCAUCAGCUGAUGCAUUGGAGAAAAAUAACAGCACCACUGCUACUGCUACUACUACCCACAACAACAACAACAAUCAUCAAGCAUCUUCACCAGCUUUGACCAACAGUGGUCGUCAACAACGUAAAGCAACCUUUCCACAAGAUCGAACAAGAUGUAGCAAUUGUGAUACCACCACUACACCGUUAUGGAGAAGGAAUCCUGAAGGGCAGCCUUUAUGCAAUGCGUGUGGACUCUUUUACAAGUUGCAUGGUGUUGUACGUCCUCUUAGUCUCAAGUCGGAUGGCAUCAAAAAGCGAAAUCGACAGGGUGGGAGCACGCAAAGUAGUGGCAAUGCAAGAUUUAAAUCAAAACAGCAACUUGAAAUACCAGGUCGAGGUUUAAUGCCAGCAACGCCAUCCUUUCACGUUCUACCAGGUCGUCGUCCACUUUUCACACGAUCACACCCACCUGCUACUUCCAUGACAUCUCCACAAAGUAAAAAGAAGCGGAGGGCAUCUACACAGCCCAUCUAUAAUCAUCAGCACAAUACAUUUGGCUACCCUACCCCAUCAUCAAGUGUAUCUUUUAACCAUCCCAAUGAUGGAUACAAUCCACAUCCACCACCACCACAGCCAUCACCAUCAUCCCAACAACAUUAUCACCAUCCACCAGGAUUGCCAUCAGAUUUACACGCGACUCUUGAGACCAUAGGUAAUCAUUUGAGUACUUUGCCCCCAGAGCUACUACCGAUUAUUGCAUCAGCAGCCAAUUACCAUGCCAUGGCUAAGCGUCAACAACAACAACAACAGCAACAGCAACCUCCCACAGCAACAUCAUCAUCAUCGUCACCAUCUGAUCAACUUCGGUAUCCAUCAUCAUGA